AUGUAUAAUGCUAUAUAUAUAUCUGACGAUAAUUCUGAUGAUGAAAUCCCUACCCAGCAAGCUAUUCAGGAAAGCUUACAAGAUAUGCAUAAAAAUGAAACAAGUGCCAAUGCAACAGAGGGUGAAAGUAUCACAGGCCAAGAAGAGGUUUUGAAGAAGCUGGUGAGGCACAGUUCUGCUUUUGAGGAACCAGAUCAGCAAGGCUGGCUUCCCGUGCAUGAAGCUGCAUCACAGCUAAAUAUGAACAUCCUUGAAAUAACGUUCAAAGCCUCCCGUGCCAUUACGUGGGAACAGACCACACUAAAAGGGGAAACACCUCUCUUGGCGGCAGUAAGAAAUUGCUUUGCAGACAAUGUCUGCUUUCUCCUGUUCAAUGGCUGCAAUCCCAAUGUUAAGAAUGAAGAGGGAGAUUCUCCUUUAGUUGUAGCAAUUAAGUACAAUUCAUAUGAGAUUGCCACCUUGUUGAUAAGUUCUGGUGCAAAAGUGAAUUUGCAAUGUGUCCACAAGAGGACUGCUUUGCAUGAGGCAGCCAGACUAGGCACAAAGGAUCUGGUGAAGCUUCUGCUGCUUUCUGGAGCAGAUCCUGACCCUCGCAGCAGAUGUGGGCUCACACCUCUUGCACUGGCUGCACAAGCUGGACAAGAAAUCAUGGAACUCUUAUUGCAAAAAGGUGCUGAUGUUCUUUCACAGGCAAUGGACUGUUCUUCUGUAUUAUUUGAAGCAGCAGGAGGAGGAAAUCCAGAUUCCCUGAGUCUUUUACUAGAAUAUGGGGUUGAUGCCUAUGUACCAAAGCACUCAGGUCAUUUGCCAAUCCAAAGAGCUGCAUACAGAGGACACUUUCUUGCCUUAAAGAAUUUAGUUCCAGUUACUAACUUUGAUGCCAUUAAAGAAAGUGGAAUAAGUCCGAUUCAAUCAUCAGCAGCAGGAGCACAUCCUCAGUGCCUUGAGUUUCUUCUCAAAUCUGGGUUUGAUGCCAAUUUUAUGUUGGAUCAAAGAAUUCGCAAAGGCUACGAUGACUGCCGGAAAUCAGCGUUAUACUUUGCUGUUUCAAAUGUGGAUAUCUGUUCAACACAGCUGCUGCUGAAUGCUGGAGCCUUGCCAAACCAAGAUCCCAUCAGCUGUCUGCAAAUCGCCUUGAGAAUAGGCAACUAUGAGUUAAUGAAUCUACUGCUCCAACAUGGGGCUAAUGUCAAUUACUUCUGCAGAGUGAAUACAACACAUUUUCCAUCAGCUCUAUAGUAUGCUCUGAAAGACGAAGUCAUGUUGAGAAUGCUGAUGAACUACAGCUAUGAUGUGCACCUCUGCUUUGAUUGCCCUCGAGGAAAUGCUUCCCAUUCGCAGUACGUGACUGAUGGAUGGACUUCUACUGCUAUCAAAGAUACAAUGUUCUGUGAAGUGAUAACCUUGUCAUGGCUGAAGCAUCUUUCUGUGAAAGUGGUGGGAGUAAUGUUAGAUUAUGUCAAUCACGUUAACAUCUGCUGGAAGCUAGAAGCAGUUCUCAAAGAACAGGAACUCUGGGCAGACAUCAAUUCAAUUUUAAGUAAGUAUCUGAUAUUUAGAUGUAAAUGACACACAAGUUGUUCUGGGAUGGGGACCUUUGUUGUUGGCAUUAUUUUUAUUUAUUCUUGACCCUCGUUAGGCCAAAAGUUAUGUUUGACAAUAAGGUAUCCCUGCAACAAAACUCAGUCUGUGAAGCAUUUAAAUUAAGUCUCUUUCAGAAGUCUGACAGACUGCACAGUUUAUGUGGAGUACUGGGGAACUUCAAUUACAAGGUAGACAACACAAUCCUCUUCAAGGGAGAAAAGCUCUUCCCCCAUCUCAAGGUGAUGGAAUAACUAAUUACUGUCUUUAACUGAGUGAUUGGAAUUCCAGUCUAGAUUAACUCCAUGUCCUUUUCAUUUGUACACAGAUUAAAAAGUAGUAAAUCAAAAUUCUACUUCUAGCAGCUUCUUCGGGUUGGCAGAGAACAUUGACCAACUAUUUGGGCUUAAAGUACACUUGCUCGACUUAGACUACUUAUACUCUUAUACUGCUUUAAAUGCUCAGUGUGAAAAUUUAAAGAACUGUUAAAAUCACAGGUAGGGCUGUAAACCUUGCGUUAUUGCUAGGUUAAAGGUUGUCAUAACAUGUAACGCUACCUCCAACUACAAGGUUAAACUCAGCGUUUGGUUGAAGGCCAUGAAGUUAACUAAAACCAGGAAGGGACAUAAUUGUUUUUAAAUUUUGUACCUUCCCUUCUCUUGCCAGGAAGUAGAGGUUUUAUUUAUGAAGACCUACUACAAAGUUCUAGAAAGCA